UGAGUUGUAAACUUGUAAUCAAAUAUAGAAGAAACAAGAAAGAAACAUUUCCACUUGUUUUACAAAAGUCCAUUAUGAAAACAUCAUCAUCACCCACCAUUUUCCUCUUCUUCUUUCUCAUUUCUGCACUUCUCCAAGCCUCCAUCAAUGGAGUCAGAGGCUUCAAAUUGGAAGAAAACGAAGCAACCCAGAUCAAAAGAUCCGAUUUUCCACCCGGGUUUCUAUUCGGAGCUGCCACUUCUUCUUACCAAGGUUGAAGGAGCUUAUCUUGAAGAUGGUAAAUCUUUAAGCAACUGGGAUGUGUUCUGUCACUCCAUAGGCUGUGCAGAAGGUGGGGACAAUGGAGAUAUUGCAGAUGAUCAUUAUCAUAUGUUCAUGGAAGACAUUGAGGCUAUGCAUUCUCUUGGGUUAGAUGCAUACAGAUUUUCAAUUUCUUGGGCUAGAAUUCUGCCACGAGGAAGGUUUGGUGAAGUUAACCCUGCUGGCAUCAAGUUCUAUAACAAGAUCAUUGACAAUCUGAUUCUAAGAGGAAUCGAACCGUUUGUGACCAUUAACCAUAAUGAUUUGCCUCAAGAACUUGAAGAUCGAUAUGGGUCUUGGCUUAACGCUGAAAUGCAGGAAGAUUUUUUAUAUUUGGCGGAGGUUUGUUUCAAGUCGUUUGGAGACCGAGUGAAGUAUUGGGUUACGAUUAACGAGCCCAACAUGUACAUAGAAUUGGCUUUCGAACAAGGGGUUUUUCCACCUUCUCGUUGUUCGGAGCCUUUUGGAAAUUGUGUUUAUGGAAAUUCUGAUGUCGAGCCACUCGUGGCGAUGCAUAACAUGUUGUUGGCACAUGGCAGGGCAGCCAAACUAUAUCAUGAAGAGUUCCAGCCUAAACAAGGUGGAUUAAUCGGGCUCGUUGCGCAUUGCUUCAUGUUUGAACCAAUAACGGAUAGUGAGCUUGAUCGCGAAGCUGCGAAAAGGGCUUUUGCUUUCAGUGUGGGAUGGCCACUAGAUCCUGCAAUAUUUGGAGAGUACCCUGAAGAAAUGCAAAAAUAUCUUGGAAGCAAGUUACCAAGUUUCUCCCUUGAAGAAAAGAAAUUUAUGAAGAAUAGUAUUGAUUUUAUUGGCAUUAACCAUUACUCGGCUUUAUACGCAAAGGAUUGUACCACUUCUAGUUGCUCUGCAACUGGGAAUCGUGCAAUCCAAGGUUUUGUGGAUAGAGUUGGAGAGCAUGAUGGUGUGCUAAUCGGUGAACGUACCGGGUUAGAGUAUUUGUUUGUGGUUCCUAGAGGCAUGGAGGAGAUUGUAAACCUUAUUAAGACUAGGUACAAUAAUACACCCAUGUUUAUUACUGAAAAUGGGUAUUCCUCACCUGACUUGCAGGAGCAACGGGUUAACGAGCUAGUGAAUGAUGUCAAACGGGUCGAAUUCCACACAUCAUAUCUUGCUUCUUUAGCCAAGUCUAUGAGGGAAGGGGCGGAUGUACGCGGAUAUUUCGUGUGGUCGUUGAUGGAUAGCUAUGAAUGGUUGGAAGGUUACAAUGUGAGGUUCGGGUUAUACUAUGUGGAUCGACAAACGCUAACUCGGAUACCAAAGCUUUCUGCAAGAUGGUAUAAGAAUUUUUUAACAAAUAACAGUCUUGUUAUUGACAAGAAUGCAUCAAGAACCAAAAGAUUAUUUACAAAGGAUGUUAUGUAAAAGAUUUUGUUCAAGAAACUUUUAAUUCUUCUGAAUUUAAUUUAUUUUAUA